GAAGAGUUUGUAUUCAUAGAAGCAACAGGUGGCCGGCUAUGUAUGUGCACUCUUUCAAUACACGCACUCAAAAGAGGAGGGGAUCAAUAGCGUUUCAUGUCGGAAUGAACCAGAAACAGUAAUGGAUACGUUCUACUGAAAAUCUACACGUUGUCACAAUCAUUUAGAUAUUUUCUACAACGUUAGAUAAGAUGUCAAAGAUUGAUGAUACAGCGACUCAAGCUGGAUGCUGCAAACCCCCGACACUAAAACCAACUUUCAUCCACAUGAUCUAAGAUGGGGAAGAGGAAGAAAGUGAAUUUUGUCAUCUUCAUCCUCUUUCUCCUGUCAGUUUACUUUCAGGAUGUCCAGUCACAGGAUUCAAAACCAAAACCCUAUGUAGAGAACUGUCCCGAUCUGGUCCCCUAUGUGUUCCUGAUGUUCUGUGGGGACCCGGUGAUGCCUAGCAGCUGUAUCCUGGAAAAAUGGGUGUGUGACGGAACACCGGAAUGUCCCAAUGGAGAAGAUGAGACAAAUGCAACUUGUCACAAUGGUGACCCAUGUGAGGCACAGCCGUGUCAGAAUGGAGGAAGCUGCUAUGGAUACCCGUUAAGUCCUAACAUCAGUGUAGCCUACUACAUAUGUGUGUGUCCCCCGGGCUGGUAUGGUGUGACCUGCAACACCACCACACGCCCGCCCGCCACCACCACACCUGCUCCGCCCCCCACCACACCCACACCUGUCCUGCCACCCAUCAGCACCACAGUCACACCAGUUGACCCUACCAUCUGUAAUAUUAACCCAUGCAUGGCGGGUGUAUGCACUGCACUGAGAGGGGGUCAGUACCACUGCAACUGCAUUCCAGGUUACAGUGGGCGGAACUGCAGUACUGCUGAGAACCCCUGUACGUCCUUCCCCUGCCUCAACAAGGGAGUGUGCCAGGUGUCGGGCAACAAUUUCACGUGUGGGUGUGCGGCAGGCUACUCUGGCCGGCAGUGUGAGGAGGACAUCGACGAGUGUGCAGCACGGCCAUGUAGGAAUGGAGGCUCUUGUACUGACAGGGUCAAUGGCUAUCUCUGUGCCUGUCCUGCUGGAUACAAUGGCUCCAACUGUGGUGUGAACAUUGAUGACUGUGCAGCCAAGCCAUGUGGGUCGGGGACUUGUGUGGAUGGUGUCGCCUCCUACACAUGCCGGUGUCCACCAGACAAGGCUGGGCAGAACUGUGAACGUCCACAACUAUGUCCUCAAGGUGACCCCUGUGAGAAUUUUGGGAUAUGUUACCCUCUCCAAGUAGGCAGCCAGGUAUGCGUGUGUUUCCCUGGGUUAAGUGGAUCCCGAUGUGAAAACAACAUCAACGACUGUGACAACAACACUUGUGGACAGCAUGGUACAUGUAGGGACGGUGUCAACGGGUACAAGUGUGAGUGUCAGACUGGGUACAAGGGAGGUAACUGUGAAACAAUCAUCGACCCCUGUGAACCUAACCUGUGUAAGAACAACGCGUACUGCUGCAGUAAGGGGAAACAGUCGUGUGGUGACAGGUUGCCCCUUGGCUCCUACCAGUGCUACUGCACUAAUGGAUUUACAGGUACUCAAUGUGAAAGGCGUAUGAAUGAAUGUGAGAACAAGCCCUGUCAGAAUGGAGGUCUGUGCACUCUGAUAGAAGAGAACUACGUCUGCACAUGUCCUCUCGUCUUCACGGGACGCAACUGCGAGACACUGAUACCCUGUGCUAGCCAGCCAUGUCUCAACAACGGAAAAUGUCAGACCACGGGGAACACCUAUCAGUGCAAUUGCUCGAAUGGAAUCUCGGGAGACAACUGUGAGAAUACUGGAAACUGCAUUACAAAAUCAUGCCAAAACAAUGGCACAUGUGUUGUAACCACACAGGGAGAAAUUUGUCGAUGUCCAUCAGGUUAUUCUGGUUUGAACUGUGAGAGUGCCCUCCCUUGUCUUGCAAAUCCUUGCAGGAACAAUGCCUCCUGCGAAGAUGUUUCACUGACAGAAUACAGGUGUGUCUGUCCGCCAGGGUUGACAGGACAGCAGUGUGAUAGUGUAUUACCCUGUGGGGGUACCCCAUGCCAGAAUGGUGGGACCUGUUCGAAUCUUGCAGCAGGAUUUGUCUGCACCUGCCCUGCUACAUAUACUGGUGUCAGGUGUGAAACUUACUUAAACUGCAACAGCUCGCCUUGUUUCAACAGUGGUACUUGCACAGAAGAGGGUUCCUCAUUUCGCUGCCAGUGCCCUCCGACCCAUACAGGUUCAAGAUGUGAGAGUGGUCUCCCUUGUCUCAGCAAUCCCUGCAGCGUUGGAUCCACGUGUGUCAGUGUCAAUAUUUCUUCAUAUCGCUGUUUCUGUUCACCUGGGCUCACCGGCAUCAACUGCGAUACAACUCUAGCUUGUAACAACUCCCCAUGCAGAAACUCUGGGCAGUGUGAAAACGUCAACAAUUCUUACAGAUGCACCUGUCUUCCUGGCUUCACCGGCCAGAAUUGUGAAACACACGACCCCUGUUUGAGCACACCAUGCCUCAAUAAUGGUGUGUGUACAAACUUUGGUUCUUCUUACUCCUGUGGAUGCUCCAAUGUCUACGGCGGACCGAGAUGCGAGAUAGCCAAUCCAUGUGGUUCGAGCCCCUGCAUCAACAACAGCACAUGUUCCAACAAUGGAGACAUCUACCGCUGUAACUGCUCAUCCACCUUUACAGGCAGAAAUUGUGAGACCAAACUAGAGCCGUGUGUACAGAACCCCUGCUUGAAUGGCGGGACCUGUGAAAUAGAAGGACUGGAUUACACAUGCCGCUGUUUGUCCUCACACGUAGGCAAGAACUGUGAGAUUCCGGUUCCCUGCGCGAGCUCGCCCUGCAUUAACUCCAGCAUCUGCCUGAACCAAGGAUCUCGCUACACAUGUCAGUGUGGACCUGAGUAUACAGGCUCUAGCUGUGAGAGCAGACUCCCCUGUGCAGACAAGCCAUGUGCUAAUGGUAACUGCGUGGACGGCAACCCUGACUACGUGUGUACCUGUAAUCCGGGCUACACGGGGAGGAACUGUGAUUCUCUUAUACCUGUUUGUGAUUCUACCACCUGUAUCAAUGGACAGUGCAGUAUUGAGGGUCUCAGACUCAAGUGUAACUGUACUCGGGGAUUUACAGGUCCGAGAUGUGACCUGGUGGAUCCCUGCCUGACACCCCCCUGUCAGAAUGGCGGCACCUGCCUGACUCGCGGAACCCAGUUCUUCUGUCAGUGUCCUGAAAUCUAUACUGGGGAGACCUGUGAAUCCCUUCAGCCCUCAUGCUUCUCACAGCCAUGCAGGAACAACGCCACCUGCAUUGACAAUGGGUCGGACUUUGUGUGUUUCUGUACACCUGGGUUCACAGGGAAGGUGUGUGACACAGUUCUGCUGCCGUGCGAUGUCCGUCCAUGUAAGAACGGGGCAACAUGUGUCAAUGUAGGUGGCUCCACCUUCAGCUGUCAAUGUCCACUGACACACACAGGCUCCACCUGUGAAACUCUCCUGAGUUUGUGUCUCAGUACACCAUGUAAAAACAGUGGGGAGUGUACAUCGUCUGGGAAUGACAAGUUCAAGUGUACCUGCCGACCACCCUUCACAGGUACAACAUGUACGGAGAGAGUGGUGACCUGUGACCUGUCACCGUGUGGGAACGGAGGUUCCUGUAACACAGACGAGUAUGGUGUGUUCUGUCAGUGUCCCACCAACAACGAGGGGCUCUUCUGUCAGCUGGCUGGUGACGUCUGCUCCCCCAACCCCUGUCUGAAUAGCGGUGAGUGUUGGAAGAAGGGGACACAACCAAUCUGUGAGUGCAAGAAGGGAUACACUGGCACUCUCUGUGGGACGAAGGUGGAAGGUUGUGGCCCAACUACUUGCAAUGGUGGUAUGUGCCUUGAGAAUACAGUCGGGGAGUUCAAGUGUGCCUGCAACCCCGGGACUACAGGCUACAGAUGUGACAGACAGAUGUGACUUAUGGGUGUGACGCUGAUGCCAUGACUUUGACGUGUCUUACCGAAGAGAAUGAUCUGUCUAAAGGUGCCAAUCAGCAUGAUAUCAGUAUGCUGGUUUUGCAAGACUUUUGGUUACAGUACAUUACUGGAU